CUGACAGACUGCCCUCGUAUCCCACACCAACUACCCCCUCCUCUCGCCUAAAAACACACACAACCACGCCUCCAGAGACGCGCACAAGCGCAAACUGAGACACACCUCCUCCUCCAUCACACACACAAACACACACACUCGCUCAGAAAAAGCCAUGAUCGGGAGUGAGAGCGCUGCUGAGGGAUUCAGAUAACAUCAUGAAAGGCGAGUGUUUUAUUCCGAAAGGCGCGCAGCAGGUGCAGUAGGACUGCGCCUCAUCGAAGGGAGAGCGCGCUGCAGCUUCACCAUGUCCAACGCAUCUGAGCAGCUCACUGCCGUGACGGCUGUGACUUUAAUUUACAAUAACUGGAGAGCCUUGGAGUUUCUGCAAGAUGACAAGGACACAUCCCCCUGAAACACUGGCGUCAACUCUGUACCAGGACAUUACAUCUAACCCCAUCACUAACGAAUCAGUUUCUCUCCGUUCCUCAAGGCAGUGUGACAUGAAAAUGAUCGACAAAUCAGAAAUCAUCAACAAAAGACACUGCCGUAGUUUUGACUUUAUUGAGUCGUUAGAUGAUCCACUUUCCUUUUCCUCCUCGAUGGAGUAUAAGUACAAGAGACCUGAGUUUCAGGCAUUAAGUAAAGAUCUCUGGAAUGGACUAGAUCAGCCAGGGCAUCUUCGGUUUUCAUCCCCUGAUCUAUUUAAUACAAAGCAGGUCCAGCAGCACACCACUCAAGACAAAACCAGCUAUCUUACGUGGUCAGAUUCCAAAACAAGAUCAAGAUAUUAUAGUGCUCCAAGAGUUAAAGCCACCCUCACACCUGUACCUAUCUCCGUGUCUCCACCAGUAGCUAGAAAAGGAAGAGAUGCACUUCAGGCUAACUCGGAUUCCUUAAAGAUGUCUGAAACACGAGAAUCAUCCAACAAGGCCUUCCUGAAUGAGGUGCAUCCAAUUAAACUUCAGCCUCACUCUCCCCUUUAUGUCUCAGACUGUUUUGAGGAGGAAAAACCAGAUAAACCUGCUAUAACACCUCAUGUUCGGUGCCGUGUGGACAUUAAACCGGAUGCCUCCGUACUGGAGCACACAUCGAGGCGAGUUUCUAGCACACAAUCUGACCAUCUUUGGCAAAGGUAUUCUCAGGCCAGUAGCAGGUCAGGUUUGUACAUACCACGACAAAUGGUCUCCUCACCAACACCCACUCCGAGCGAGUGCUACAGUGGAGAUUUUAGACAGGGAUAUCUUUACACCACCAGCAUGUCUCCGUUAUCUUACCAGCAUCUAGACAUGCGCAGGAUGUCAUCGCCAACAGCACCAUACUUGAAUCCAGAACAAAGAGCUUAUUCAAAUCCUAACAUACCAACCAAGUUUUUCUACACAGAAGAUGCUGCUCGGUAUCCGGUUCACCCUUAUUCCAGGGGAUACUUUCAGGAUGAUCAGUCCAGUCUCACAAGUUUUGGAAGUACGGCAACAAGUCAGUACGAUCCAAGGACUCGAUGGGUUCAUACACUUCCUGUGAGACCAUAUUACACAGACCACCUCAACAAUAGAGAUCCAGCUCAUUCUGUAUAUAGUCGACCCUACUCUACAAAUGAGGCAGGGUCAUAUUUUUCUCAGACUCCCUUUACUAGAGCUCACUAUGGGGAAGACGGUCACUUCAGUCCGUACCUUAUGAAUGGCCCAAGGUUGUUUUAUUCCAGACCAUUCAACUCUCCUGAGGAUCAGCACUAUCCAUCAAGGCCAUAUCACACAGAAGGUCGCCGACGCCCUCGAAUGUCUCAGGCCUUUUCAGAUGACUGGUAUCGUUCAAGUAUAUCUGGAUUCUCUAACCAGUCCUCUCAAACCACACCACCAAGGCUAAGACAAGACUCUUGUAUGUCCCCAUGGUUUACCAACAGCUAUACAGACUCACAUCAACUAGGAGCAGAUGUCAAAAACCACUCCAAGUCUUGGGACAAUAUUAUCCAUCCACUACAUGAAAGACAGCAAUUUGUGCCUCGUGGACAAAGUUAUGAGAAUCUGUUUCACCAAGCAAGGCAUGGGACAUCUGCUGAUGUUACAUCCAAGCCUGUUAUCCUUAACCUUUCAAGUUCACCAAGACGCUAUGCUGCUCUGUCCCUGUCAGAAAACUCAUUGGAAAGGAAUUCAAGCAAUCCUUGGAGGAAUUCCAAGAGUGGACAAUGGUUUGUUACUCCAGAGAUCACGAUAACAGACAAUGACAUAAGUGCAGGCAACAGCAGGCGUCGUGAUGUCCACUCUGUCACCUGGGAUUUUUCAGAUAGCAAGAAAGGACCAUCUCCAAGGGUGAAUCAGAAUCAGAAGAAGCAAUCCAGUUUGACGAACGUGACUAAAGAGAGAAAACACAACAACUUUUCUCUUCAGCAGAGUCUGGAGCAAUUGGAUGAACUUUUAGCUGAUCUGGUUGUUGACUACAAACCACCUAUUAGCAAAAAGUCAAGUGAAAAUCUUUUGGAUCAGCUGAAACAACUGGUCACAGAAGACAAUGGCAAAGACACAGAAUCUGCUGGACUUGAUCAAUGCCUCAACACACAGCUCCUAUCCUCUAAAUCCAGCCCAGAUACACUUAAAGAUCCCGAUAGUGGGUGUGAUGCUUUACAAAGGAGUGCAGAAGAAUGUUCUCCAGACCACAGCACUGAUGAAGAUGACACAAUGGUGUGUGCAAACAAGAAGUGUAACCAGACAGAGAGCAUGUUUAACGCUUGCUUGUACUUCAAAUCCUGUCACAGUUGUUACACCUUUUACUGCUCACGAAACUGUCGCAGGGAUGACUGGGAGACCCACAAGGGGACUUGUUUGUAUGGACGUGUCAGCAGUGUGUGUCGUCACACUCUCAAGUUCUGCAGAGAGAAUUCAGAUAUCCACAAAGCCUUCUCACGCAUCGCUAAAGCUGGCUACCUCUCCAGGGGAAGGGGCAUCCUUUUUUUGGGGUUUGCUAAUCCAGAAACCGCUGACAAAUUCCUGCAACUUGGGCUUCAAAGCCUCCUCAUGUCGCCCACAUACUUGUCUUUGAGAGAAGUGGAUGGCUUUAAGGACAACCUAGGUGAAUACUGCAAGGAAUUGCAGCAGGUAGGUGAUGAAUAUGACCCCAGUGAAUGUUUCCUUCUGAAUGUAUCUGUAGCUGUUGGUGAACUAGUGCCUAAUAGACCUUCCCCAAGGGUCCAAACACCAACAGUUAGAAAAUAUGCAAAGGUGUCCUUGGCCUCCUCAAGUCCUGACAAAAAAGUACUGAAGAAGGAGAGCGAAAUGGAAACUCUUAUUCUCACUCCGCCUCCAGGCACACCAGACAUUGACAAAGAGGGGGAGGAGGGAAGAAAAGCUAGGGAGGUUUGCUUUGUCAAUACCCAGCGUGAGCUCAGGACCAGGGGAGUCUUCCUUCGUCACGAGUACCCAAAAAUCUACAAUCAGCUGUGUGAGUUUGUGGAGAGCAACAAAAGGUUCACUCCUACUACGAUUUACCCGAUUGACAAGAGAACAGGGAAGCAGUUUAUGUGCAUGAUCAUGGCUGCAUCGGAGCCAAGGUCACUUGACUGGUUGGGUACGCCUCACCUUUUAGAUGACAUUAUAUAACAUAGCACUAAAUAUUAACGAUGUCAAGAAGAUUAUAUGUAAUUAGUGUAAUAACAUGUUGUGAUUUAGCAGACUGAAUGCUGAUUUAAAAAUGUGUAUAUACAUGACUUAUAUGUGUCUCCUUUUUCUUAGUGUUACCCCACAAAGCCCCUGAUUGCACUUUUCGAGGUUGACCUAUGUUGCUUUUGGCUUGUUUUGAUUCUGGUGCACUCAGAAGGAUGAAUAGCCUGCAUGUUGACUAUAGGCUCAAACCCAGUUAUCCAGGUAUUUAUAGAUGUACAAAGACAAUAUCUGAAGCACACAUUCAGGGAGUGCACAGCUGACAGCUCCAUGUAUUUACUGACCCAGCCAGAUGCCAUGCUGUAAUGGCUGCUUAUAUUAUUUUUCAACAUUCAGAUGAGCAACUUACAUUAGAGCCUGUUUCAAUGGCUGUAAAAUUACAACUGUUUAUUUGCAUUUAUAAAGUAUUAUUUCAGUGCUAUACUGUAGUUGUGGAGCCAUUUUACUUGUUAUUUCAUAGAAAGAUACAAUCAAACCAUCUAGUUUGAACCCAAUUUUAGUACAGAUUUUAGUUGGAGCUUAUCCAAUUGAAUAAAAAGGCUUGAUGUCAUUCUUGUACAAAUAGCUUAGCUUGAAGUGGCCUUCAUAUGAAAACAAACAAAUGCAUUUGACACAAAGCAAUGUACGAGGAUAGCUAUUUCUAAAGUCAUGACAGUUUUAGAUGUAAGUUGUUUGAAACACCAUUGUAAAAAAACAAUUUAGCUCAGAGCAUGUUAUGUAUGGUUUUUGAAAUAUUGCUAUUGCUUAUAAUUCCAUUUAUUAUGUUUAAUUAAUAGCAUAUGAUGCUUAGAAAAAUAUGAGGUUUGAAGUAUGUAUUGAUCAUUUUAACAUCAUGCCCUAGAGAUCUUAUUGAAAUUAUUACAACAGUAUGUUCUUAAACCAUAUGCAAUGAAAGAGCAACCUUAACACCUAUAUUGUAAACUUAUGUUUUAUUAUAAGUGUUGAACAAUCCCUUUGAACUAAGAGCUGUUUGCACUGGACCAUACAUUUUAAAACAAGAAUGCUCUUAACACACCUGCAACACUGGACUUGGACAUGUCUGCUUUAAACGCCACUGUAAGCUAAUAGAAGGUUGCUCUUUCUCUUCGGUAUACAGCUAUCUUUGUGCAAGAUUUUCUUCAAGUUUCUAUUUUGUGAUGUUUCUAACCUACACUAAAUAAAACGAAAUAAAUGGAAUUUAACAGGU